AUGACUAAGAGAAUGAACCUUGGCGCUAUCCUUAUCGCCGCGGCCCUCGCGGUGGUGCCGCUCUCGGUGCGGGCGGACAGCCCGAAGGUUGUCCUGGAACUGUUCACGUCCCAGGGCUGCUCGUCGUGUCCGUCUGCCGAUGCGUUCCUCGGGGAGUUGGCGGAGACCCGCGACGAUGUGGUCGCGCUCUCGUUCCACGUCGACUACUGGAACUACAUCGGCUGGGAGGAUCGGUUCGCGACGGCGGAGACGACGGCGCGGCAGAGGGACUACGCGCGUGCUCUCGGCGUCGCCUAUGUUUACACACCCCAGCUCGUGAUCGACGGGGCGCGCCAUGCGGUGGGGUCCAACAAGCAGGCUGUGACCGACGCGAUCGCCGUAUCGAAGGCCGUGAAAGCGAGGCGGGUAGCCGUGGCGCUCACAUCAAGCGCGUCCGACCGCCUCACGGUCGAAAUCGGCCACUCCGAUGGCUACUACGGGGACGCCACGGUCUGGCUUGUGUCCGUCGAUCGGCAGCAUACGACGACGGUCGAUGCCGGCGAAAACCGGGGGCGCACAUUGGUCAAUUAUAACGUGGUGCGCGAUUACCGCCCCAUCGGGAGGUGGACCGGCGGCGCCAUGACCUUCGAGCUCGGGCCGGACGAGCUGUCAAGCGCGGCCGAAGGCAUGGGCGACGGCUGCGCCGUCCUCGUCCAGGAAAAUCGCGGCAAAGGCCGCAUCAUGGGCGGGGACCUGGUCUGGCUCGACGAGAGCUGA